UUCACCGGCAGAGCUAAUUUUGUAUUAUUUACCAUUACAAUAUAUUGUCAGUUAUUUAGCAUUGAUUUAUGUAUAGGAAGUAGGCAGAAUAUAUCUGCAGUAUAAAAAUUUUUCUCCUCGAUUAUGAGCCAGCAGCAUGCUUACUGUUAAUGAGUAUGGUCUUUGGGGUUAUGGUGGAAAAAUACCCUUUCUCUGAGAGCCGACAUAUGUUUGUCAAAUGUGAGUGUUUUUGUCUUAGGAGUUUGAAACUAGACUACCCUAAAAGUAAUUUGAAUUAUAUUUUAUCACUCUUUCUUUAGUUAAGCAUUACAUGCUUUGAGUUUAUCAAACUUUUAAGAUCAUGUUUGGGAAGUUUCCUAACUGUGCUUGGUAUAAGUAUUACUUGUGGUGUAAUAUCAUGUAUUCAACAUGAAAUAUUUAUUUGUGAAUUGUAGUGACAGGAUACCUAUAGAUGUUUAUGUCUUGUAGAUAUUUUUCCUAUACAUAUGAUCAAGCAAUUACAACCAAAAGUGAACACUGAUCCAGGAGAAGUGUUCCAAACACUGAUGUUGGGAAGACCUGAAAACGAUGAAAUCAAACAUUUGCACAUCAGAGAAAUCCAGGAAGAUAUGUAUGACUUUGAGUGUCGGUGCAGAGGUAAUGAAAGAAAUGACAAAGGAAUGCCUGUAACCCAUGAUGGAAAUCUCACUGAUGAAAGAGAUUGACAUGGUAAAAGGGAUGUAGGAAUCAAACCCAUUGGAAAUAGGCUUGGAUUAAAUGUUCAAAAGAAACUGCAGAUAUUUAAAACUGAUGGGAUAUCUUAUGAAUGUAAUGAAGUUGAAAGAUCUAACAACAGUAGUUCCUCAUUUUCACCACUUCAAAGAAUUCCUCCUCAUGUCAAAACCAACGUCCCUAAUACAUAUGAGAAUGAUUUUAUCCAUCUUUCAAUACAGACACAAGAUCAGAAAGCACUCAGGGAAAGACCUCACAAAUGUAAUGUGUGGCAAAACCUUUCUUCAGGGAUCUCACCUCAUUAGACAUCGGAUCAUCCACACAAGAGAGAAAUUACGUAAAUGUGAUGUAUGUGGCAGAGUCUUUAGUCAUAAGGCAAAGCUUGCGACCCAUCAGAGGAUUCAUACUGUGGAGCAGCCUUACAAAUGUAAUGAGUGUGGCAAAACCUUUAAUGGCAGCUCAUACCUCAGGAGACAUCAGAUCAUUCAUAUAGGAAAAAGUGUACAUAAAUGUGAUGUAUGUGGCAAACUCUUCAGCCAAAACUCACACCUUGCUGCUCGUCGGAGGGUUCAUGCUGGAGAGGAACCGUAUCAGUGUGAUGACUGUGGCAAGGUUUUUAGUCAGUAUGGAACCCUUGCAAGUCUUCAGAGAGUUCAUACUGGAGAGAAACCUUAUGAAUGUAAUGAAUGUGGUAAGGCCUUUAGUCAAAAACCAUAUCUUCGAGUUCAUUGCCGAAUACAUACCGGAGAGAGACCUUUCAAAUGUAAUGAGUGUGGCAAGGCCUUUAGUGUAACGGGAAACCUUUUAAGACAUCAGAGAGUUCAUACUGGAGAGGAACCUUACAAAUGUAAUGAAUGAGGCAAGGCCUUUAGUCGAAAAUCACAUCUUUGGGUUCAUUGGAGAAUACGUACUGGAGAGAAACCACUCAAAGUAAUAUGGUUUGCUAAGUCUCAUUUUUGAAGAUCAAAAAUGUAGAACAGUGAGAAUUUAUGUUGAAGAGCGAACUUUCAAAUGUAAUGGAUGUUGUAAAUUUUUACAUCAAGUAUGCACACUUUUGGUGUUGAGAGCAUUCAUACAGGUCAAAAUAUAUACACAUGGAAGCUCUUUGAAAUAGUGUGUCCGUAUGGUUCACCCAAGAACACAUAUUUGGGAGAAUUCUUAAAAAUUUAAGGCAUCUGGUGAAUAUUUUGAGCAAUUCUUACAACAGCCCGUACACUAGAGAAUGCAUACUAGGAAUAAAUCUUUACCUCUUUGAGAUGUUACAUACAGCAGAACCAUGACAAGUCACCCGCUGUUAAAACUUAUGACAUGAUGUGUAUAUUUGAGGAAGAAGGACAUGUAUGGAAAUGGCCCAUUGUCUUCAGUGUAUAAAAUUUUCAA